UCAGCGUUGAACGGCCUUAAUUUGAAAGUGUGCGCUUCAAAAAUCACAGUGCUCCUUGGCCACAAUGGAGCUGGGAAGACAACUCUCAUGAGCAUUCUGACAGGAAUGCAGGCCCCAACAAGUGGAGCGGCCACGGUCUGUGGCUACGAUGUUUCCAGCCAGCGCCACCAGGUACGCAAGCGGGUCAGCUUAUGUCAGCAGACAGACAUCUUUUUCGAAGACAUGACGGUCACCGAGAACGUCUACUACUUUGGAUCGCUCAAGGGAGUGAAGUACGAGCGGCUCGCGCAAUCCAUCAAGGACACCCUGCGUUUGGUCCGACUGGACGACAAGGCUUCAAGCUUGCCCAAAACGCUCAGUGGCGGCAUGAAGAGAAGACUGAGCAUAGCUAUGACCCUUGUUUCUGAGCCAGAGCUGCUCAUUUUGGACGAGCCAACGGCGGGCAUGGAUCCGGAGACGAGGCGGGCUGUGUGGGAUACCUUGACAACCGUGGCGAAGGAAAGAACUCUGCUACUCUCCUCUCAUGACAUGGAGGAAGCUGAUGCCAUCGCCGACCAGAUAAUCAUCAUGGCGGCCGGUGGGACCGUCUGCAGCGGAUCGACAGCCUUUCUGAAAAAAGCAUGUGGCGUCGGAUACAAGGUGACGUUCUCCAAGGUGCCACAUGCUUUCAAACUCGAUGAAGUCAUGCAUAUCGUCCGCAAGACUACACCUGCGGCGGUCAUCGAUGAUGAGAAGCAAGAAGAGGUGUCCAUCGCGCUGGGCACUUUGGACAGCAAGGAGUUCCCAGCGAUGUUCAAGAAGCUCGAAAGCUCCCUCCAACGGCUCGGCAUUGCAGGCAUGGGAGUGACAGUUGCCUCGAUGAAGGACGUCUACCUCAAGAUAAACCUGGACUGGGCACCAGGAGGAAAAGACCGAGAACGACCAGUAGAAGGAAAAGACAUCGACCGUGUCUGCAAGCCAAUUACAAAACGGUGCACGAUGGCCAGGUCGUGCUUUGCCCUUACCGUCAAGCGAAUCUUAAGCAUGGUGCGUAGCUGGGAUGUGUUCGUAAUAUUUUUCCUGGUUCCAUUGGGACUGGUGGCGUUGACUGAGUGGACUCUACAAAUUAUAACCACGGCUACCCCGGUGCGCCAGUAUAACGAAACCUUCGACAUCCCUAUAGAACUAGGCGUCCACUUCCCCAAAUCCCGCACCGUGAUCGGCGAGUCACCGUCCAACGACGUGAGCCGAAACCUACGGACACUCGUGGAGGCUCAAGGCUGCAGUGUGCACUCCACAAAAGAUGUGGAGAAAGACCUUCGCAAAUAUGCCGAGGAAGACUUUCCAAGCUACAUUACCACUUACGCAUUGGCCGUGGCGUUUGAGUCGAAUGACAUCCGCAUGGUGCCCAACCCGACGAGCGCCCUGACACUUCCCGUCACCAUCAACUUGGUGGACACGGCUUGGCUGCGAGCACUGACGGCUCAGCCGGCAGCGCACAUCAACGUCACCUUCGCUUACGUGCCAACCGGUGCGAGAACCCCACUCAAUCGCGUCAUUGUUGCACACGUCCUCUCUUGGGUUUACUGGGUCAUGGGCCCGGCAAUGUCCUACUCGUGCGCCUUCGCCCAGUACUGCACGUUUCCACUGGCCGAGCGGUUGAGUGGAGCUCGAGACGUGCAGCUAAUGACGGGCCUCUCCGGCUUCGAUUACAUCUCCGCCCACUUUCUCUUCGACUUCAUCUACUACGUCCUCUUCAGCGUUUCGUGGUGCGGCCUUCACUACGGUUUGAGCUCCUACUCACUAACCACAGCCGGCUUCUUUGUUCUCGGCUUUGUGUCCGCUGGGCCGAUAGUUAUUGGUCUUGGCUACGUGGUGGCGGAAUUCCUAGAACCCGUCAUGAAAGCAGUCACUUGGCUUAUAACGGGGCACUACAUGGCAGGUCCAUUGACCAGCGCAAUAGUCAACGGUGUACUGUACUUGACUAAGUCAACGUCACAUAUCCCGCACUAUGUGGCACUCAUCGUCCCUCCAUACGCCAUGUGUUCCGUGUUCAUCAAGACAUGGAACAGCAGAGACAUGAUCAAGGAAUGCGAGGUCCUGGAGCAACUGGGUGUCAGCGAAAUGGGUUCAAUCCUCGGGCUUGAAUGCAGCGGUGGCAUAUUGCAAUUCUCUUACAAUGGGAUAGGCAUCGAGCUAACCGCCCUACUAGCCGAAGGCCUGCUCGUGAUGGCCUUUAUGAUCUUCAUGACCUCCGGCUACUUGCCUUCCCGACACGCCCUCGCUGGCCAGGAAUUGCCCGCCGAGCAAGACGUCGAGGAGGAGAAGAAGAGGGUCAACGCUGCGCGCCAGCAGGAAGGGCUUGCAGGCUACUCGCUCCUAGCGUGGAGUCUGCACAAGUGGUACGGCACCCUGCACGUCGUCCGUGGCACCUACAUGGCGCUGCGGCCAUCCGAGUGCUUCGGCCUGCUCGGCGUGAAUGGAGCCGGGAAGACCACCACGUUUCAGAUGUUGGCUGCGUUGAUCAGUGUCUCCAACGGCGACGCUCUCACCGCGGUAGCCAGGCUCAGCGGAAAUGUGCGCCAGUGGCAGUCGCAGAUCAGCUACUGCUUCCAGCUCGGAGGCCUGCUCGACAGGAUGAACGCGUACGAGUACCUGUACCUGGUCGGUCGGCUACGAGGCAUCCCUGAAAACGAGUUGAAGCCCAUGAUCGACAGCAUCUUAUCCGUCGUCGAUCUCACAGAGCACGCCUCCAAGGAGUGCGGCGUGUACAGCGGAGGCAACCGCCGAAAGUUGUCUAUCGCUGCCACUCUGCUGGGCCUGCCGCCAUUCGUGUUUCUCGACGAGCCGUACGCGGGCGUGGACGUCGUGUCCCGCAACAAGAUCUUCAGAGCCAUCGCGGAGAUCAAGAAGCGCUCGCAGACCACUUUCAUGCUUACGUCACACAACAUGGACGAAUGCGAGUUUUCUUGCGACCGACUCACCAUCAUGGUCAGCGGACAAAUGAUGUGCCUGGGCACGCUGCAGCACCUGCGCGAAAAGUUCGGUCAGGGCUACCGACUCGAGUUCUUUUUCAAACCCUCUGUCGCUUUCGACGAAGCCAAGUUCAAGCAAGCUGUGGAGAAGCAGUUUCCCGGGAUUCAACUCAAGGGCGGCCAGAAGAACCUGCUUAGCUACCAUCUGGUGGAGCGAAUUCCUUGGAGCGCGCUGUUCACCAAGGUAGGGCAUCUCCAGAAACACUUCCCCCUCGAACAUGCCCUGGUCGGCGAGAACACACUCCAGGACAUCUUCUUGAACUUCGCCAAAGCGCAAGACAGUCUCCAUGUUACGGGCGAUAGCGUUGCGGUAGACGUUCUGUCAGCUUCCAACACAAAAUCUGCAGUUACGACUUCUGCAGCGACGACACCUUCAUCGUAGACCCAACUACGGCUUCUGCAAACUGCUUCGCGGUUGAAGCA